GCCUUACCACGCAUCUUCCUCACGUUUGGCCGCUCUUCAAUCUAAAACUUACGUUCAAUGGUGGCUAGAAGACUUUAGUUCGAGAGUACACGUUAAUCCGAUAUCCCACGCGAUUUUCGCCCGGCUAAAAAGCCCGGGAGUAUCUCGUGUGGAGCACGCAGAGGAUGGUGAUGUCGAGCUUAAUAUACUGGUGAUUUCAUGUGGGGUAAAUAUGCUAAUUAAACAAAAAAGCUUCUGUUCAUGUCGAUCAUAGAGCUUCUUAGUCGAUAUAUGUUACUUCGUUGUCGACGAAGCGGGAAUUCUAGACCGUAAUGUCAGGUACGCGAGCUACAUGGCCUAGGUACCCGGAGCUCAUCCGGCAGGCUAUUUGCAGACCAUGUGCUUAACAUGGCAUCCCUACAGCCUCCGGGAUAUGAUUGAAAAAUCUAAUUGAGCUUGAAUAAGGAUGCGGUUUUUGCAUGCCAGGCCGUCUCUCAAGUUAGCUCUUCGUCCCAAUCCUAACUAGCUUUAGCCUAGAGUAUCACCACCAUGAAGUAUCUGGCGAGGCCAAUAGUAUACCUUUCGCUCCUCAGCGCACAAGCGCUAGGGAAGAUAACUUUCCCCGAUUGCGUCGAUGGACCAGAGAUUUUGACGUCUAACCUCGUUUGCGACACAUCCGCCAGCCCAGCGGAGAGGGCGGCAGCGCUCAUUAGUGCCUGGAACAUCACAGAAAAGCUAGUUAACCUUGUCGAUAAGAGCCUCGGGGCAUCUCGACUAGGAUUAGGAGCAUAUGAUUGGUGGAAUGAAGCCCUCCACGGCGUUGGAUGGUCCCCUGGAGUAGCCUUCGCUCCCUCAGGGGAGUUUCAAUACGCCACAUCGUUCGCCAGUCCGAUCCUCUUAUCAGCAGCGUUCGAUGACGACUUAGUUUACAGCGUAGCCGAAGCUAUUAGUACGGAGGCUCGAGCCUUCAGCAAUUUCGGACAUGCAGGGCUUGACUACUGGACCCCAAACAUCAAUCCUUAUAAAGAUCCAAGAUGGGGAAGGGGGUCGGAGACACCAGGUGAAGACCCCUUUCGCAUCAAGGGGUACGUUAGGGCCCUGAUAGAUGGUCUACAAGGUGAUGAGGACAUCACAAAGGUUAUAGCGACAUGCAAACACUACGCUGCUUAUGACCUGGAGCAUUGGGGAGGGGUGAAGAGAUACGAGUUCAAUGCAAUUGUUGGAAUGCAAGAUUUGGUCGAAUACUAUCUCCCUCCGUUCCAGCAAUGCGCGCGAGACUCUAAAGUCAAGUCAAUCAUGUGUUCUUAUAACUCUGUGAAUGGGACGCCGGCCUGUGCAUCGACCUACCUAAUGGGUACAGUCCUUCGCGAUUUCUGGGAGUGGAACGAUGAGAACCAAUACAUUACUAGCGAUUGUAAUGCUAUCCUCAACUUCCACGAAGACCACAAUUACACCACUACAGCUGCGCAAUCAGCAGCCAUCUCGUUAAUAUCUGGUACGGACACUAUUUGCGAAGUCGGCAGCAACACAGAUGUCGCUGGAGCGUGGAAUCAAACCCUGCUACCGGAAGAAGUUAUCGACCAAGCACUCCGUCGCUUGUACGAAGGACUCAUACGCGCUGGAUUCUUUGACCCCGCAGAGGAAACUUCAUAUCGAUCGCUAUCUUGGAAGGACGUCAAUACACCCGAACACCAAGCCCUUGCCGUUCGCUCUGCUGCUGAAGGUAUUGUGCUCAAGAAGAACAACGGCAUAUUACCCCUAAAGGUCGACAACGCGACUUCGAUUGCCCUCAUCGGUUUCUGGGCGGAUGCUUCCAACCUUGCCAUGCUUGGAGGAUAUUCCGGAACCCCACCUUUCCUUCGAGGUCCACUACAAGCAGCCCAGAAACUCGGAUUCCGCACCGCCAAUGCGACUGGUCCCGUCAAGCAGAACACUUCGGACGCAGACACAUGGACUGAGGCCGCGUUAGAAGCUGCGAAUAAGUCCGACAUCGUGAUAUACUUCGGAGGAAACGACAUGACAGUAGAAGCGGAAGAGCUUGACCGAGUCUCCAUUGCUUGGCCUAGUGCUCAAUUAGCACUGAUCGAAAAGCUCAGUAAACUCGGAAAACCGUUCAUUGUCGUUGAGCUCGGAGAUCAAAAUGACGAUUCUUCUCUUCUGAAUGAUACGAAUGUUUCUGCUAUCCUGUGGGCCGGCUUCCCUGGUCAGGAUGGGGGUACAGCCGUGUUUGACGUUCUAACUGGCAAGACCCCGCCAGCUGGUCGGUUACCCACCACUUUGUACCCAGCAGGGUACGUGGAUCAGGUCCCGAUGACCGACAUGAGCCUUCGGCCAAGCGAGAAAAAUCCCGGUAGAACGUACAAGUGGUAUGACGAGGCCGUCCUGCCAUUCGGGUUUGGCUCGCACUACACUACUUUCAAACCCUCAUUCGGAGAAUACGCCAUCCAAGCCAAAUCUUACGAUAUCGACGAGCUUCUCAUCGAGUGUGACGCAAAGUAUCUUGACCUCUGUCCUUUCGACACUUUUGGCAUUUCCGUCAAGAACACAGGCAACGUCACUUCUGACUUCGUCGCUCUCGGCUUCCUGUCCGGAGAGUACGGCCCCGCCCCCUAUCCGAUCAAGGAGCUUGCCGCGUAUACGCGCGUCAAGGGGGUAAAACCAGUGGAAACCAGGCCGGCCGAGCUGGUAUUGACGUUAGGAGACUUGGCGCGUGUGGAUGAGCGAGGAAACACUGUAUUAUAUCCAGGGACCUACAACUUCUUACUUGACGUACCGACGCAAGACACUGUCAGCUUUGAGUUGGUUGGGGAUGCAAAGGUGCUGAUUGAAUUCCCGCAGCCUCCGGCUGAUCUCGGUGAAGGAAACGGGCAUGAAAAAUACACACCCAAGUAAAUAAUACCUCGAAUAUCAGUUAUCGCAUAAUAUAGCUGCUUCAUCCAUACCAACUUAGCAGUCAAUUAGGUUCGGAUUUGUUGAAAGAGAGCCUCCUUUAGAGUAGAGUGAGUU